CUGUUAAAAGGAUCUCAGGAAGGCUGAGAAUGAGCCGCCAUCUGCCAGUCACAAUAGUGGGCUAGAUGGAGCAGUAGUCUGGAAGGCAGGCAGCAUCAAAGUGUCUUUGCAUGACAACGUAUUUGAAUCUAUCUGAAUGCUACCGACUGGCAUGGGAUUGCUUACCUGACCUCAGCGCUGAUGAGGAUGGCCUGAAUUCCGCUGGACAGCCUGACGAAAACACCCCUCUAUGAUUUUCACCAGCACUAUGGUGGGAAGAUGGUGGCCUUUGCAGGCUGGAGCCUACCUGUGCAGUACACACACAGCCACUUGGAGUCACACCUUCACACACGUCAGCACUGCUCACUCUUUGAUGUGUCUCACAUGCUGCAGACUAAAGUGUUUGGAAGAGACCGGGUGAAGUUCCUAGAAAGCCUGGUAGUUGGAGACAUUGCAGAGCUGAAGCCCAAUCAGGGCACUCUGUCUCUAUUCACGAAUGAAAAAGGAGGCAUCAUAGAUGACUUGAUUGCAACCAGCACCUCAGAGCAGCACCUUUAUGUGGUCUCCAAUGCAGGCUGCAGGGACAAAGAUUUAGCCCUCAUGCAGGACAAGGCAAAAGAAAUGAGAGCCACUGGUUGUGAUGUGGAUUUGGAGGUUUCAGACAAUGCUUUGCUUGCUCUUCAAGGUCCUGCCAUGGCCCGUGUGCUGCAGGCUGGGGUAUCAGACAGUCUGGCUAAGCUGCCCUUUAUGAGCAGUGCGGUGAUGGGUGUAUUUGGAGUGCAAGGCUGCAGGGUCACACGCUGUGGCUACACAGGCGAAGAUGGCGUAGAGAUCUCUGUCCCUGCAAGUCGAGCUGUGGAGCUAGCAGAGCUGCUGCUUAAGGAUCAAACUGUGUGGCUGGCAGGACUUGCUGCUCGGGAUAGCCUGCGCUUGGAGGCAGGGCUCUGUCUCUAUGGGAAUGAUAUUGAUGAGAGCACAACUCCUGUGGAGGCCAGUCUGAUAUGGACUCUUGGUAAACGCCGACGUAUUACUAUGGAUUUUCCUGGUGCUCAUAUCAUUUUGUCCCAAAUCAAAGAAAAGCCCAAGAGGAAACGUGUAGGAAUGGUUUCCACAGGGCCUCCUAUCCGUCAACACAUGUCAAUCCUUGGUCCAGAAGGCAAAAUCAUUGGUGAGGUUACCAGUGGCUGUCCCUCACCCUGCCUGCAGAAGAACAUUGCCAUGGGCUACGUGGAGAGUGAACACAGCAAACUGAGUACAUCCAUCACAGUAGAAGUGAGGAAGAAAAGCUGCCCAGCUGUAGUGACCAAGAUGCCCUUUGUACCCACCCAUUACUACAUACUGAAAUGAGCAGCUGGUGGCAGAGACUAUUUUGUACUCUGUCAAACUGUAUAAAAGCAAAGGGCUACUGGCACUUCCACUGGGAAUGGGGGUUGCUGAAGUCAAUCAGUGCAGAAAGAGGAGCAUAGACUAGUCCCAGGGGAUUGGUCCUUCAAAGUGAAACGGACAUUGCAAUAACCUGAGCUGCUCCAGUCCCUUAACAGACCAUGCCUAGUUCUGGACCAAUUCUUGUAAUUUAAACAAAUAUUAAAAAGCACCCUUAUCUAC